UGGGGCCAGGGGAAGGGCGGGCAGGUAUGUUCUUUUUCCCUAAGGAGCCAGCACUCUGGAACGUCUCUGCAUAGCCAGGCUGUGCUGAAGACGUGUCCUCACCGCCAGCUGCUGAGACCCCAGCAUCUCCCCUUGUACCAGCUCCCUGCCUUUGAAGCCAACCUUGGACACCUGCUCCGCCUUCCCAAAAAGGAUUCCAGGAUCCCUUUCCUCUGGGCCUGACACUGGAUCUUGCCUUCCAAAUCAGUCCUAGUUCCUUUCCUUUGGGUGCCUGGUGUCUCCCUAGGGGCCCCUGGUCCUGGGCCAUGGCCCAGAGGGCUGGCUGGGGGCCUAGGCAGCUGGAGACUGUGGCCUUUGUGCUUUCACUUGGAUUAUUCCCGUCCGGGCUGGGCUUCUGUGGUGUGGCCUCCCAAGCACGCAUCACAGGUGGUAGCAGUGCAACCCCUGGCCAGUGGCCCUGGCAGGUCAGCAUCACCUAUGAUGGUAUCCACGUGUGUGGCGGAUCUCUCCUGUCAGAGCAGUGGGUGCUCUCGGCUGCUCACUGCUUCCCAAGGGAGCACCACAAGGUGGAUUACGAGGUAAAGCUGGGGGCUCACCAGCUGGACUCCUACACCCCUGAGGCUGAGGUCCGCACCGUGGCACAGGUCAUUUCCCACCCCAGCUACCACCAGGAGGGCUCCCAGGGGGACAUUGCUCUCCUCCGACUCAGCAACCCUGUCACCUUUUCCCGCUACAUCCGGCCCAUCUGCCUCCCUGCUGCCAAUGCCUCCUUCCCCAAUGGUCUCCAGUGUACUGUCACUGGAUGGGGCCACGUGGCUCCCUCAGUGAGCCUCAAGGCCCCCAGGCAACUGCAGCAACUUGUGGUGCCACUUAUCAGCCGUGAGACAUGUAACUGCCUGUACAACAUUAACGCCAAGCCUGAGGAGCCCCAUUCUGUGCAGCAGGACAUGGUGUGUGCUGGCUAUGUGAACGGGGGCAAGGAUGCCUGCCAGGGUGACUCUGGAGGCCCACUCUCCUGCCCUAUGGGGGGCCUCUGGUACCUGGCAGGCAUUGUGAGCUGGGGUGAUGCUUGUGGGGCCCCCAACAGGCCUGGUGUGUACACUCUGACCUCCAGUUAUGCCUCCUGGAUUCACUACCAUGUGGCAGAGCUCCAGCCUCGUGUGGUGCCCCAAAUCCAGGAAUCCCAGUCUGAUGGCAACCUCUGUACCAAGCAUGAGGCCUUCAAUUCUGUACCUGCCCAAGGCUUGUUGGGACUCAUUCUUCUGCUUCCACUGGGCCUGACUCUGAGCCUCCUCUACCCUUUGUGUGAGCACUAAGUUACUCACCCAGGGGGUGACCCUGCUUCCAGGAUUUCCACACUGCACUUGAAGACCGAUGCCUGUUCCCAGGAAUAGACCUGACCCCUUCCUAACACUCAUUGGACUUGGGGCCUGGCUUGAGCCACCCUUUCCUCCCAGACCCUGUGGGAAUCCAGGCACCAUUCUAACCUUUGCAUCCACACUACUGGGUUUGUUCUUUGGGACAACCCAGUCAGGAGUUUUACUGCCUGUGGUUCUGGCUGGAGCCUCUGGUUACUUCUACCUGCUGUCCACAAGCCUACUGACUGGGCUCCUAUGGAGCCCUUAGGACCAUUACCUAUGAAAAAUGGGCCCUGUUUGUAGAAGACUAGACAGCUGCCCAGCUAGUUGCUGUUGAAGGGCUAGCCCUGGUGCCCCGCCUGCUCUGCCAGAUGAGCCCCAUCAUUUCACCCUUUUCCUGUCUCCUGGGCUGCAGCUGCCUCUAGGCAUCAUGUUUUCAAGGACAGAAAAGGCCCAGUCUUGCCCCAUUGGUUGCCAUGCCCCACUUGAGCCAUGAUUCCUGGACUCCGGAGGACUGAGCCCCCACCGGAACUGGGCAAGUGCUUGGAUCUGAGGUGGGAGCAGGAGGAGCAAGAAGUAAAAUAUUUUGUGCAUAAUUGGC